GCCCUUGUCUUAACGGAGGAACAUGUAUGCCCACAGGACUUAAUUGUUCAUGCACUGAUGAUUUUGAAGGGCGAUUCUGUGGUUCAGUUAAAUGUGAUCCCAACCCCUGUGCCAACGGAGGGACCUGUGAGGACGGUGCUUGUUCUUGUGAACCUGGGUUUUCAGGCAUUCUCUGUCAAGAUGAGCUGACAUCUGUUGAGUGUGACAGUGGUUCAAUGACUGUCACCAUUGAUAAACGUCUUAUCUCUGGUGAUGCUGCUGAAGUUCAUUUCACAAACAAAUCCUGUUUUGGAGUCGAAUCCAGCUCAAAUCCUAAUGAGAUAACUCUGACUACAGACUAUAUUGAAUGUGGCACCAUCACCGAGGACAGAAACUCUACAGUGGUUUUCUCCAAUGAUAUCACUUAUGAAAAACCUGAAGCUGAAGGAGAUACAGAAAUCACUCGUGAAUAUCAAAUGCAACUUCAUGUUGAAUGUUCUUUGGACAAAUCAGAAACAGUUGAUGGGUCCUUCAAACCACACCUUGGUAAGGUUGCCUUCAGCGACAAGAGCACUGGUACCUUCGAUCUAACAAUGAAAAGAUUCGAGUCAGCGAGUUUUGCGAAUGAAGACUCCAGCACCGUCUGGCUGGGUUAUGAGCUCUUCUUUGGGGUAAAUCUUAAUUCUGUGCAAAGCGUUGGGAUGUUCAUUGAUAGAGCCUGGGCUACAGCUUACCGCGAUCCGGGUAGUAAACCACGACACGAUCUGAUAAAGGACGGAUGCCCGGUUGACGAAACAGCUUUAGUUUACUUUCUUGAACCGCAUCAAGAAGGCUUUAGCGUGGACUCUUUCCGUUUCGUCGGAGACCAUGAAGAGGUGUACUUUCACUCUGUGGUGAAGGUAUGUGGUGCCAAUAAGAGCGACGAGUUGCGAUCGACAAUCCAAGCUACCUGUGAUUCUAUAAAUGGGUCUCAUCCGUCUACCGGAGCACCUCCUCAAGAUCGCAAACGACGAUCUUCAGACUUCCUUUCCACUCAGACGAUCAGCAGUGGACCUUUCCGUGUCCGUAAUCCAACCAGCGAUAUGGCCACUGAUGAUGUGUCUUCCUCCAAUCCGUUUGCGAUGCUCACUCUUGGUAUGAUCGCUGCAGUGGUUGCCAUGGUUAUUCUGAUGGGCGUGGCCAAACUGGUCGGUCGAUCAACCAACUACAACUAUCAGCGUGUUUCGACCGAAACCAUUGAAGGGAUUUAGAGAGGCGAGAGCAACCAUUGCUCAUACAAAGAGGCCCUAAAGUGGAUAGAAUCUUCCACUGUAGAAUUUGAAAAUCUGUUUGCGCCUCCUCAGUCUACUUUUAGUUCUAAAAUCUAAAGUGUGUAGGUGAGCAAUGGAAACGAAUACGGAUGAAAUUAUUACUUCUGAUACUGCAAAGAGCGAUUAGUAACGAUUAUUUCUGUGAAAAUAAACACAAUGUAUACCCUUCUUCAAAAUUAACUGCAAUGAUGUUGGUUUGGAUAAUUUAUGAUUAUGAUAAGGUGUCGGGCAUCGUGAUGAUUAUUGCAAUAAUAGUAGUGAUCAAGUUGAUAUUAAUGAUGAAUGUAGUGAGAAACAAAUAAACCACAAUUCUAAUCAAUAAUCUGAUAUAUAUAUAUAUAUAUAUAUAUAUGACAUAUAUGAUUGUGGUGAUGGUUAUGAAAAUAAUGAAUAAGUUUAAGUAUAAACAUUGAGUAUUAAGACUGAGUGUGAAGUACGAGCAUAAGCAUUAAGCACUAGAUAUGAAUAUUAAGUAUGAGUAAAAAGUAGAUUUUAAGAGUAGCAGAAAAAUCUAAACAAAUAUUGCCGAAGGUGUGAAAAAGUCCAUGAAAGAAUGAAAACGUUAUUGGAAUUCUAAUAUUUUGAUUUGUAGCUUGACGUAAUUAUGUGAGCACUGAAUAAUCAAUAAAUUGUCAUUUUCUCAGAAAAUUUAUAAAGGUUAAUACUGUACCUUCAGUAUAUCAGUGGACUAAUCAUUUCCCAUUCGUUCCAUAAAAAACCACAAAAAUAAGUUAUAACGAACCAUUAAAGAAUUAAAUUUAGGCUUUUCAUAUUACCAUGAUAUCAUAGCAUAUGGGAAA